GCUGUAGUUGUGGUAUUAUUAAUGAAUUGAUGUAGAAGUCAGUGGGAAGCAUCUCGGACGGAGAGAUAGAUGAAGCAUGUUUUUAAUGACAGAGGCUAAUAAUGCGGAAACGGGACUUCGGGACUUGCGCUGUAAGUGGAGUUUACAAGGUUCACAUGAACGCACCAUGAGGGCGGAGUUAGGAAAACUGAAGUUUAGCCUAGCAGGAAGCGCUGAGGCAACCGACGGCGGCGGAGAAGAAAAGCCCCGGACCCCGCGUUGAACCGCCGCUCUAACCUGAGAUUUCAGGGACACGUACGCAGGGAGUCGGAUCCUUGGCCCACUGGUCCCGUUUGCUUUGGUUUUUAAAUGAAGAAGGAACUCCUCAUUAACUGAAAGCCGGGAACUGGCCGAAGGUGGGAGCGUAUCCAGCGGCUGUGAGCGAUCGCCCUCGGCUGAGCAACGGCCGCUUUGAAUCAGUGGGCAUCAGUGGGCCUGCAGGCUCCACGCUGGUGCUGACACAGGAUGAAGAGGUUCAGACGCCACGGCCACGAGUCCCAGAGAGACCGAGUCAAACAGGAGCUCUUCCAGUUCAACAAGACCGUGGAGCAUGGCUUCCCCCACCAGCCCAGCGCUCUGGGCUACAGUCCAUCUCUGCAGCUGCUGGCCAUCGGCACCCGCUCUGGAGCCAUCAAACUGUACGGAGCUCCAGGUGUGGAAUUCAUGGGUCUGCAUGAUGAGAAUGCGGCUGUCACUCAGGUGCACUUCAUGCCUCACCAGGCCGAGCUGGUCACCUUGCUGGACGAUAACAGUCUCCACAUGUGGACUUUAAAAGGUCACAAUGGGCUGUCCGAGCUUCUGGAGAUAGGGCGCUUCACACUGACUGGGCCACCCGGAGCUCCACCACAUGUGACCAGAGUGACGGCGGUGCUGGCCCACUCCUCCGGAGAGCUGCUGCUGCUGGGAACAGAAGGAGGACACGUGUUCAUUGUUGAAGUCCCGGGAUUCAGAGAGCUGGAGGAGAGGAACAUCAGCCUGGACCAGGUCGCCAGCAGCGUACCAGAUGACUACAUCGGUCGCAGGAAUUUGGAGCACGUGGAGGCCUUACAGGAGAACCCGGUGAAGUGGAACCAGGUUGUUAUCGGCUACGGACGAGGUCUCAUGGUAAUCUGGGAUCUGGAGAAUCAGUGUGCCUUGCAGCACAUCCCUGCCACACAGCAACUGGAGAGCAUGUGGUGGACAGAGGAUGGGAGCUACAUUCUGAGUUCUCACAGCGAUGGAAGCUACUGUCGAUGGAUGGUGGGAGGCGAGGACGUAAAUGAAGAGGAGGAGAAAUCUGACAUUCCCUAUGGACAUUUCCCCUGCAAGGCCAUCACUAAAAUAGUUCAGCUUCCUACAGCAGAAGGGCCUCCUUUCCUGCUGUUCAGCGGAGGCAUGCCCAGGGCCAGCUACGGGGACCGACACUCUAUCACAGUGAUCCACAGUAAAACACACGUGGCUCUAGACUUCACCUCCAGGAUCAUUGACUUCUUCGUCAUCCAAGAUGGAGCACAGCGAGCAGGCAGGCCACACGCACCACAAACCACAUGA